AUGUCACCCACGCAUCAGUUCCACCCGCUCCAAGCAGUUGAAGUAUCCAGAGGAAUGGCAAGUGCCUAUACACUUUGGGGAGUGAAAAAGAACGGGUUUCUUGGAGUGAAAAAGAACAGGUUUCUUGGAGUGAAAAAGAACAGGUUUCUUGGAUUGAAAAAGAACAGGUUUCUUGGAUUAAAAGAGAACAGGUUUCUUGGAUUAAAAGAGAACAUGUUUCUUGAAUUAAAAAAGAACAGGUUUCUUGGAGUGAAAGAGAACAGGUUUCUUGGAGUGAAAGAGAGCGAAUUUCUUGGAGUGAAAGAGAACAGGUUUCUUGGAUUAAAAGAGAACAGGUUUCUUGGAGUAAAAAAGAACGGGUUUCUUGGAGUGAAAAAGAACAGGUUUCUUGGAGUAAAAAAGAACGGGUUUCUUGGAGUGAAAGAGAACAUGUUUCUUGGAAUGAAAGAGAACAUGUUUCUUGGAGUGAAAGAGAGCGGGUUUCUUGGAGUGAAAGAGAACGGGUUUCUUGGAGUGAAAAAGAACAGGUUUCUUGGAGUAAAAAAGAACGGGUUUCUUGGAGUGAAAAAGAACAUGUUUCUUGGAGUGAAAGAGAGCGGGUUUCUUGGAGUGAAAGAGAACAGGUUUCUUGGAGUGAAAGAGAACAGGUUUCUUGGAGUGAAAGAGAACAGGUUUCUUGGAGUGAAAGAGAACAGGUUUCUUGGAUUAAAAGAGAACAGGUUUCUUGGAUUAAAAGAGAACAUGUUUCUUGAAUUAAAAAAGAACAGGUUUCUUGGAGUGAAAGAGAACAGGUUUCUUGGAGUGAAAGAGAACAGGUUUCUUGGAGUGAAAGAGAACGGGUUUCUUGGAGGGAAAAAGAACAGGUUUCUUGGAGUAAAAAAGAACGGGUUUCUUGGAGUGAAAGAGAACAUGUUUCUUGGAGUGAAAGAGAACAUGUUUCUUGGAGUGAAAGAGAACAUGUUUCUUGGAGUGAAAGAGAACAUGUUUCUUGGAGUGAAAGAGAACAUGUUUCUUGGAGUGAAAAAGAACAUGUUUCUUGGACUGAAAGAGAGCGGGUUUCUUGGAGUGAAAGAGAACAGGUUUCUUGGAGUGAAAGAGAACAGGUUUCUUGGAGUGAAAGAGAACAGGUGUCUUGGAGUUAAAGAGAACAGGUUUCUUGAAUUAAAAAAGAACAGGUUUCUUGGAGUGAAAGAGAACAUGUUUCUUGAAUUAAAAAAGAACAGGUUUCUUGGAGUGAAAGAGAACAGGUUUCUUGGAUUAAAAGAGAACAGGUUUUUUGGAGUGAAAGAGAACAUGUUUCUUGGAGUGAAAGAGAGCGGGUUUCUUGGAGUGAAAGAGAACAGGUUUCUUGGAGUGAAAAAGAACAGGUUUCUUGGAGUAAAAAAGAACGGGUUUCUUGGAGUAAAAGAGAACAGGUUUCUUGGAGUGAAAGAGAACAUGUUUCUUGGAGUGAAAGAGAGCGGGUUUCUUGGAGUGAAAGAGAACAGGUUUCUUGGAUUAAAAGAGAACAGGUUUCUUGGAGUGAAAGAGAACAGGUUUCUUGGAUUAAAAGAGAACAGGUUUCUUGGAGUAAAAAAGAACGGGUUUCUUGGAGUGAAAAAGAACAGGUUUCUUGGAGUAAAAAAGAACGGGUUUCUUGGAGUGAAAGAGAACAUGUUUCUUGGAAUGAAAGAGAACAUGUUUCUUGGAGUGAAAGAGAGCGGGUUUCUUGGAGUGAAAGAGAACGGGUUUCUUGGAGUGAAAAAGAACAGGUUUCUUGGAGUAAAAAAGAACGGGUUUCUUGGAGUGAAAAAGAACAUGUUUCUUGGAGUGAAAGAGAGCGGGUUUCUUGGAGUGAAAGAGAACAGGUUUCUUGGAGUGAAAGAGAACAGGUUUCUUGGAGUGAAAGAGAACAGGUUUCUUGGAGUGAAAGAGAACAGGUUUCUUGGAUUAAAAGAGAACAGGUUUCUUGGAUUAAAAGAGAACAUGUUUCUUGAAUUAAAAAAGAACAGGUUUCUUGGAGUGAAAGAGAACAAGUUUCUUGGAGUGAAAGAGAACAGGUUUCUUGGAGUGAAAGAGAACGGGUUUCUUGGAGGGAAAAAGAACAGGUUUCUUGGAGUAAAAAAGAACGGGUUUCUUGGAGUGAAAGAGAACAUGUUUCUUGGAGUGAAAGAGAACAUGUUUCUUGGAGUGAAAGAGAACAUGUUUCUUGGAGUGAAAGAGAACAUGUUUCUUGGAGUGAAAGAGAACAUGUUUCUUGGAGUGAAAAAGAACAUGUUUCUUGGACUGAAAGAGAGCGGGUUUCUUGGAGUGAAAGAGAACAGGUUUCUUGGAGUGAAAGAGAACAGGUUUCUUGGAGUGAAAGAGAACAGGUGUCUUGGAGUUAAAGAGAACAGGUUUCUUGAAUUAAAAAAGAACAGGUUUCUUGGAGUGAAAGAGAACAUGUUUCUUGAAUUAAAAAAGAACAGGUUUCUUGGAGUGAAAGAGAACAGGUUUCUUGGAUUAAAAGAGAACAGGUUUUUUGGAGUGAAAGAGAACAUGUUUCUUGGAGUGAAAGAGAGCGGGUUUCUUGGAGUGAAAGAGAACAGGUUUCUUGGAGUGAAAAAGAACAGGUUUCUUGGAGUAAAAAAGAACGGGUUUCUUGGAGUAAAAGAGAACAGGUUUCUUGGAGUGAAAGAGAACAUGUUUCUUGGAGUGAAAGAGAGCGGGUUUCUUGGAGUGAAAGAGAACAGGUUUCUUGGAUUAAAAGAGAACAGGUUUCUUGGAGUAAUAAAGAACGGGUUUCUUGGAGUGAAAAAGAACAGGUUUCUUGGAGUAAAAAAGAACGGGUUUCUUGGAGUGAAAAAGAACAGGUUUCUUGGAGUAAAAAAGAACGGGUUUCUUGGAGUGAAAAAGAACAUGUUUCUUGGAGUGAAAGAGAGCGGGUUUCUUGGAGUGAAAGAGAACGGGUUUCUUGGAGUGAAAAAGAACAGGUUUCUUUGA